GCACAGCUCAGUCAUCGGCCGGUCAGACGCCGCGACUGGCCGUUCCAUUUUCGAAAUUCGCCAACCAGUAACAAACUGCAUUCGAAAUUCAACAUCGUUCGUAUUUUAAAUCUUUGUUAAUUACUGAUGUUUUAUAACUGGCCAGAAACAAACUAGACGAUGCUAAAAAUCGGCGGCGGUGCCCUGCUGAUCGCGGCCAUUGUGGCGGUCUUCGUGGUCGCCACCCAGGGUCGUGAUCCGGACCUAGAGGCACUCGAACAUGAGGGUCGGGAGUACAUCUUCCAGCUAGACAAGGCUAUGGGCAAGAGGAAGAACAGAGCCAGUCUGUCGGAGUGGGAUUACACGUCCAAUAUCACGAAGGAGAAUGAAGAGAAAUGGAUUCAAAUCCGGCUAGAACUAUCCCAGCAAGAGAAGCGAGCUUGGGAGGAGACAAAAAUGUACAGAUGGCAGGAUUUUCAAGACUUCACUCUUCGAAGGAUGUUCAAGAAGUACAGUCAGCUAGGAGUGUCAGCUUUGCCUGAUGAUAAGUACAAGCAGCUGAUGAGGUCGGUCUCGGGAAUGGAGUCGAACUAUGCGACUGCCAAGAUCUGUGACUUUAAGGAUCCUACUAAGUGUAAUUUGGCUUUGGAACCAGAUAUUACGGAGCUUUUCUCAAAGAGUCAAGACCCUGAGGAACUAAAACAUCUGUGGGUGGAGUGGCACAAGGAAGCCGGUGCUAAAGCCAGGACUAACUUCACUGAAUAUGUCACCUUAUACAACGAGGCUGCUAAACUUAAUGAUUUCAAAAACGUAGCCGACUGGUGGCAGUCAGAAUACGAAGUCGAUGACUUCGAACAGCAGUUGGCUAAGCUCUGGGAAGACGUGAAGCCGCUGUACCAGCAGUUGCAUGCGUACGUCAGGAAGAGACUGAGGGACAAGUAUGGAGACCAGGUGGUGUCAGCCCGAGGACCUAUCCCUGCGCAUUUACUUGGUAACAUGUGGGCGCAAACUUGGGGCAACAUAGAAUCGUUCACUCGCCCCUACCCAGACAAGAAGGAAAUUGAUAUCACUCAAUCCAUGAAAGACCAGAACUUCACAGCUUUGAAGAUGUUCCAGAUGUCUGAUGAAUUCUUUAGGUCUCUAAACUUGACAGCGAUGCCUGAAAAAUUCUGGAAGAAUUCCAUUAUUGAGAAGCCCACUGAUAGGGAGAUUGUUUGCCAUGCGUCAGCUUGGGACUUCUAUGAUGGUGAAGACUUUAGGAUCAAACAGUGCACAUCGGUUGACAAAGAAUACUUUGAGACCACACACCACGAAAUGGGACAUAUACAAUACUUCCUCCAAUAUAGUCAUCAACCAUUUGUAUUCCGGGACGGAGCUAAUCCAGGUUUCCACGAGGCUGUAGGAGACACGAUUGCUUUGUCAGUAUCAUCUCCUAAACAUCUGAGGCGUGUUGGAUUGAGCACUGGCGAUGCUGAAGAUGAACAGACUGAAAUUAAUCAGCUUUAUAAAAUGGGUAUAGACAAAAUCGUCUUCCUACCAUUCGCCUACACAUUAGACAUGUUCCGCUACGGCGUCUUCCGAGGCACCACGACUCCUGAGGACUACAACUGUCACUACUGGAAGCUCAGGGAGAUGCUGCAGGGAGUUGAACCACCCACCAACAGGACUGAGGAGGACUUUGAUGCCGCUGCUAAAUACCACGUAUCUGCUAAUGUGGAGUAUGCUAGGUACUACGUCUCCUUCAUAGUCCAGUUCCAGUUCCACCGCGCACUCUGCCAGUUAGCCGGGGAGUAUGUGCCUGAAGAUCUGAACAAGAAGCUGGUGGACUGUGACAUUUACCAGAGCAUCGCGGCUGGUAACGCGUUGGCGAAUAUGCUCAAAAUGGGAUCCUCAAAGCCUUGGCCCGACGCGAUGGAAGCCCUCACAGGCCAGCGAAGAAUGAAAGCCGAUGGUCUACUGGAGUACUUCAGGCCUCUCCACGACUGGCUGACGGCGGAGAAUCAGCGCACAGGAGAAUUUAUCGGAUGGGAGUCAAGUAGAACACAAUACUGCACGGCAGAGCAGCGAGCGGCGCUCAGCGCGAAGGAGGCGAGCAAACCCGAAGCACAGGAGGCAGCGGAGUCGUGACGCGUCCAGUACUUACUACACUUAGUCUAAUUGAUAGCAGACAAGCAACACAGUAUUCAUAAUAAACGUUUUUUUUAUAAGGA